AUGGCGUGCCGUAGACUCGCAGCAGCGGCCAUCGUGGUCGUGAAUGUGGUAGGCCUUGUGCUCGUUGGUAUUACUGAGACGGUAGAGUGCACAGAGCCUGUGCAAGCUGUGCAACCGGAACCAAGUGCUCAUCCCGGCGGGGGACCACAACUCGCCCGGGCAGUGCAGUUUCUUCAAUCGGGCGCCCAAGCCAUCAAAGCUAACAAGGUGAAAUCGGGAGCAGUCGCUGUAGGAGUUAUAUUGGCCAUGCUUGGUUUAACCUAUUUGUUCCGGCGCGGACGGAAAACUGCGGCUGGGAGAAAAGCCGUCCUGAGGAAGCAGCAAGAACAAUCGGAGGACGAUGACCUCGAAGAGGAAUAG